AGCUGCUGUGGCGACGGACGCGAGGCGGUGGCAGCUGAGACCCACCCCUGUCCACAUGGACAGUCGCAGAGGCCUCGGCUGAUGCAUUCGCGCCUGGGCGGGGUGGGCGGACGGCCGUAGCGGCGGCGGCGGCACAGGGAGCGGAGGGCCCCGGGGGGCGCCUGUGGGGCGCGGAGACCUCGCCGCUCCGGCGCGGCGGGUGCGGCCAUUUUACGGCCCGGGACCGAGGGAAGCCUAUUUGUGUGCUCGUCUUCUGAUCCCCUCUUCCUGCGGGCCCGCGGCUGGGGGAAGCUUCAAGGGCGGCCUAGGCGGGUGGUGGAUGGGUAGUCGCGGGCCGAGAGGCACCGGGCCCGGGAAGCGCCGACGCCGCCGUCGCCGCUCGCGUUCGCCCGGCGGGGCCUGAGUCAGCCCGGGCUGCGUGCCUCGCCGCCCGCCCGCGGAUAGGCCCCGGGAGCCGGCUGCUUUUGUGUAGGCCCGUCUGGACGAGGCAGCGUCGCCCGCCUCACGGCCGAGUCCUAGGCCCGCAACCCUGCGGCGGCUACCCUCCUGCGGCGCGGCCCCUCAUCCUGGCGAACGCGGCGGCGGCGGCGGCGGCGGUGUGGGCCAUGGAUUAAGGCGGCGGCGGCGGCGGCGUGGGAGGAGGAAGAUGGCGGCUGGCAAGAGCGACGGCAGCGCCGGGGAGAUUACUUUUCUGGAAGCUUUGGCUAGAUCAGAAUCUAAAAGAGAUGGAGGUUUUAAAAAUAAUUGGAGCUUUGAUCAUGGAGAAGAAAGUGAAGGAGAUACAGAUAAAGAUGAGGCAAAUCUACCCAGUGUAGAUGAAGAUGAGGAUUCUGAAACCUCAAAAGGAAAAAAGUUAAAUCGUCAAUCUGAAAUUGUUGCUACUAGUUCUGUUGAUCCCUGGAAGACAUGUGCAAGACGAAACAAGACCGAAAGUUUAAAACCUUUGAAAGGCAACGCAAUUGGACUUAACAUGUUGAGCAGCAAUAAGAAAUUGAGUGAAAAUACACAAAAUACAUCAUUAUGCUCUGGAAAUGUAAGACGUUUUCCUCAUGCUAAUGCACAGAUAGCAAUAGUAAAAACAGCAGCCCAAAGCAGUCUGGACCAAAAGGAAAGGAAAGAAUACCCACCUCAUGUCCAAAAAUUUGAAAGUAACCCUGUAAGGUUAAGUCGGCCCCAAGGUGUUGAUCGUAUAAUGAAAAAAACAGAAGAGUCUGAAUCACACCUGGAGUCUGAAAUUAAAAGGAAAGUUGCACAGAAACGUCACAGUAGUACAUAUCAGUCUACCCCACCUUCUCUGUCUCCUGCUUCCAAAAAAUGUUUAACUGAUUUAGAGGUUUCUAAACAGUGUGAAUUUUGUCCAAAAUGUGGGAAAGAAAAAGAAAAUCAGACCAAAUGCCAAAGUUGUGGUAUUCUUUUUUCUAAGGAUUUGCAGAGAAAUUGCAGACAAGCUAUAACUUUGAAUGACUCUGCUGGAUUAUCAUUAAGAACAUCAAUUCAUCAGAAUUCUGGAGGACAGAAGUCACAAAACACAAUAUUACCAGCCAAGAAGUUUUAUGGCAACAGUGUGGGAAAGAUUCCAAUUGAUAUUAUUGUGAGUUGUGAUGAGAGUGGACAGAAUUAUUUACAUACUAAUGGGAAAGUCAUUUUAUCUAGGGCAAAAGUAGCCAAAAUCACAAACCUGAAAGAAAGGAAAACAAGCGUGUCAGACCUAAAUGAUCCAAUCAUUUUGUCCAGUGAUGAUGAUGAUGAUGAUGAUGACAACGACAGGACUAACAGAAGAGAAAGCACCUCUCCUCAACCCGCUGAUUCAGCAUGUUCUUCCCCAGCACCGUCCACUGGAAAAGUAGAAGCAGCACUAAAUGAAAACACUUGUAGAAUAGAGCAUGAACUAAGAAGCAUUCCAGCAGAUUCAGAAUUAAAUACAGUUAUAUUGCCAAGAAAAGCAAGAAUGAAAGACCAGUUUGGUAAUUCUAUUAUCACCACACCUCUAAAACGUCGCAGAGUGAUUUCUCAAGAAACUUUAGUUGAUCCUGUAUCUUUAAGCUGCCAAAGUUCCUCUGAUACCGUAGUUUUAAACUGUCGAAGUAUACGAGUAGGAACACUAUUCCGACUAUUAAUAGAACCUGUAAUUUUUUGUUUAGAUUUUAUCAAGAUACAGCUAGAAGAACCAGAAAAUGAUCCUGUAGGGAUUACUUUAAAUACCUCUGAUCUAACAAAAUGUGAAUGGUGUAGUGUCCGAAAAUUACCAGUAGUGUUUCUUCAGACUAAACCGGCAGUUUAUCAGAAGCUGAGCAUGCAACUGCAGAUGAACAUGGAGGAUAAAGUUUGGAAUGACUGUAAAGGAGUAAAUAAGUUAACAAAUUUGGAAGAACAAUACAUAAUUCUAAUUUUUCAAAAUGGCCUUGAUCCUCAGGCAAAUAUGCUAUUUGAAAAUAUUAUUACUGACAUUGGUAUAAAGAAUAAAGUGUCAGAUUUUUUUGUGAAAAUUCCCUUUGAUGAAGCCAAUAGCAGACUUGUUGCCUGUACAAGAACCUAUGAAGAGAGCAUCAAAGGAAGUUGUGUGCAAAAAGAAAACAAAAUUAAAAAUGUGGCCCUUGAAUCUAAAAUACAACUUAAAAACAAACAAGAAUUCCAAUUUUUUGAUGAUGAGGAAGAAACUGGAGAGAGCCAUACCAUCUUCAUGGGUCCUGUAGAAAAAUUGAUAGUAUAUCCACCACCUCCAGCUAAGGGAGGCAUCUCCGUUACUAAUGAGGACCUGCAUUGUCUAAGUGAAGGAGAAUUUUUAAAUGAUGUUAUUAUAGACUUUUAUUUGAAGUAUUUGGUGCUUGAAAAAUUAAAGAAAGAAGAUGCUGACCGAAUUCAUAUAUUCAGUUCUUUUUUCUAUAAACGCCUUAAUCAAAGGGAGAGGAGAAAUCUUCAUGAAACAACUAAUCUAUCGAUACAGCAGAAGCGACAUGGAAGAGUGAAAACAUGGACCCGGCAUGUAGAUAUUUUUGAGAAGGAUUUUAUUUUUGUACCCCUUAAUGAAGCUGCACACUGGUUUUUGGCCGUUGUUUGUUUCCCUGGUUUGGAAAAACCAAAGUAUGAACCUAAUCCUCAUUACCAUGAAAAUACAGUCACGCAAAAAAGUUCACCUGUAGAGGACAGUUGUAUUUCUUCUCCUUCAGCCAGUGAAAUGGACAGUUGUUCACAAAACUCUGCUGCCAAGCCUGUAAUUAAGAAGAUGCUAAACAGAAAGCAUUGCGUAGCUGUAAUUGAUUCAAAUAAAGAACAGGAAGAAAGUGACCCUCGUUACCGGAGAAACAUAAGCAGUGUGAAAUGUAGUCUGAAAAAAGUAAAUCAUACUGCAAAUGAAAAUGAAGAAUCGAAUAAAGGAGAACCCACAUGCCAGAAAUUUGUUGAUAGGACUGAAAGUGAGAAUGGCCUACAGAAUGAAUAUUUAAGUUCUAUGCACCAUACAGAUGGUUUAAGCAAAAUAAGGCUAAACUACAGUGAUGAAUCAGCGGAAGGUAGUAAAAUGCUUGAAGAGGAGCUCAUCGACUUCUCAGAAGACCAGGAUAACCAGACCUUGUAUCUUACUGAUGGACUCACUCAGAGGCCCUUCUCGAUCAAAUGUUGUCAAAAUUCUAAGAGAAAUCCAAUUCUCAAUUUUGAAUUACCUAUGAAUCUGGCAAACUGGUUUCCUCCCCCAAGAAUGAGAACAAAAAGAGAAGAAAUCCGAAACAUAAUUCUGAAGCUACAGGAAAAUCAGAGCAAAGAGAAAAAGAAGCAUAAGGACACUUACUCAACAGAAACGUCUUUAGGUGAAGGAACAGAACAAUAUAUCAAUAGCAUCUCAGAUUGACCAUUUCUGAUGCUUCUGCAGAGUAUUGCCUUCAGAAACUGAGUGACUUUCAACUUUGGGUAUAGACAGUAAAGAACUGAAAUACUCACUACUCAGAGUGAUUUGGAAAUGUUAAUGAUUGUAUAAAAAUGUCAUAUAAUUAAUUUCCAAUGGAGUAUGUAUUAAGUAAAAGUCUGUAAAUAUGUUAAUGAGGCCAAUUUUUCCAGCAUUUAUAAUUAUUUUUUUCACUUGUUAGGAAGCUUUUGUUAUGUAUUUUCUGUUAAUAGUACUUAAAACUGCAACUUCUAAACACAAAUAAAUAAAAAAAAUAUUUAUAGGAGGAAAUGAUUAAUUUGAUAUUCUUUAGUGAAAUUAAAUUCUUCAGUGGGUGUGAUAUAUUUCAUGGGAAUAUUCGAGUAUCUAUGAUGAUCUUUUCACUUUUGCAUUUGUUUUAAAAUAAAACAUAAAAAUAAGAUUAAAUUGAAGGCAUUUUGAACAAGAAAGACAUCUUCAUAUGCUUGUAUAGCAGGAAAAAAUAACAGGUUUUUUUAACCCAGAUACUUCCUUGUGUUUGGAGAACUUGGCCCCAAAAGUAUAAUAAAUAUAAUUUUACUCAAUUAUUUAAGAAGAAGCAAGUCAAAGAAAAAUAACUUUGAAUUAUAUACUACUACAUAAUAACUAUAUCAUAUGUUAUUGUGAAGUACCUUUCUGAAGAUAUCAAAAACUCAGGUUAAAACUAUUCUGGUAAGUACAGCUUGAAUUUCAAGUAUCCCAUGUUACCUUCCUAUAUUAAAGUAUCUACAAUCUGUGUGAUAUAGUUAAUUGAUAAACAUUUUUAACCUGUGAACACAGAAAUUUAAAUAGGAAUUUACUAUUUUUUGUAAUGACUUUUGCUAUUUUUUCAUUGCUCAUUUUGUUCUUGUUAUUUUGAUAUACAAAGUACCAGACUUUUUGGACCUGAGUUUUUUAGUGAAAAUUAUUUUUACAUGUAAAAGUACUAUCUUUAAUCAGUUGCAUACUGCAGAAAAUAAUAGUCUAUCUUGAAUUGCCCUUUAAAAACACUAAAAUGUGGUGGUGGUGACACGUUUACAGUUCAUGUAGGAAUCUUGCAUAUAUCUGCUAAACUAUUAUUUUCAAAUGAAAUGUUACACAUUCUUUCAAAUUAACUUUGAGACUUGAAAUUAUAUAUUUGAAAAGUCAUUUUUUUGUUAAAUAAUUUAAAAAGCACAUAUAACAAACAUAGUUGAGAAUAAAAGAAAGACCGUUUUUAA